UCAUCAAGGACUCGAAUUUACGCAAAUAGAAAGUGCAAAAGAAUUCUCCAUUUCAGAAUACCCAAAUAAGCCUUGUUUAUUUAAAAGUAAGAACAAAUGGCUGAGCAGUCAUCCAAGCUGAACAUAAUUAAGAACAGAGAGAGGAGUGAAAGUGAGAGUGAUGAAGAAAAUGAGAAGGUGGUUAGUGAUUUAGAAGGGACAGCAGAGGAAGAGAAGCUUCCUUAUGAUCCAGCAGAAGCAAUGAUCAGAAAAGGAUUUCGUUACUUCAUGGAGCACAACUAUGACCCUAGCGUUGGACACGGACAAUAUCCUAAGUUUCUGGUAUUUUCGUGCUCCGACUCUCGAGUUAGUCCCUCAAAUGUGCUCAACUUCCAACCCGGUGAAGCUUUCAUGAUGUGCCACAUUGCUAACCUAGUCCCUGCAUUUAACCAGUUGAACUACUCUGGAGUUGGAGCAGUCAUUGAAUAUGCUGUUAAAGUGUUAAAGGUAAAAAACAUCCUUGUUAUUGGACAUCGUGAUUGUGGAGGAAUAAAGGCACUAAUGGAUCUUCCAGAUGAUGGUUCUACUUCUCAUGACUUCAUAGAGGAUUGGGUUAAAAUUGGUUUACCUGCAAAGGCUAAAGUUCUGGCUGAGCAUCCCAAUCUACCUCCUAAUGAACAAUGCUACAUUUGUGAAAAGGAGGCAGUAAAUUUGUCACUUGUGAACAUAAAAAGUUACCCAUAUGUUAGAUCAGCAAUGGCAAAUAACAAUUUAACCUUAAGAGGUGGAUACUAUGACUUUGUCAAUGGAACUUUUCAGCUAUGGAAAAUCAAUUAUGAAAUUACAGAUCCUAAGUAUAUAUGAUUAAGUAAGAGGAAGUAUAAUAAAUCACAAAAUUAAAUUUGUGCAUUUUCCGUUUUUUCGCGCUUUCGAUUUAAGCAUAUAUUUAUGCUUUGUUUUAGAGUGUGUUUUUUUGGCAAUAAAAAGGAAGUUGUCUUUUGGAAUGGCAACAUCUAGGUUGUAAUUUUUAUAAGAAAAUUAUAUGUUUGGUAAUUUCUCAAUGAAUAAAGCAAAGCUUGCCGCUUGCA